AUGGUGAAGCUGAGUGUUCCUCUUUCUCUUCUUGCUGUUGCUGUGGCAAGCGUCGUUGCGCAGCAGGAUGGUCAACAGCAGAGCUCGCAGCCUCAACAACAGAGCUCGCAGCCUCAACAACAGAGCUCGCAGCCUCAACAGCAGGGCUCUCAAGGCGGUGGUGGUCAGCAGAGCCAGAGCCCCAAGCCCACGUCGGCCGCUAACCAAGGCAGUGGCAGUGGCUCGGAGGGUGAUGACAAGAACUCCCGCACGAGCCCGGUGUGCUCGGCCCUGUUUGGCGACCCUAACGUUCACCAGGUCGGUUCGUGCUCUCACAGUUCGACGGUGGUGCCGCCUUACAACCUUGGUUCGCUUGUGAGCUACAUGAUUGGAGGCUACACGCGCUCACGGAAGGAUGCCGGAAUGGUUGUUGAUGUAGCCGACGAGCUUGCUGAGUCGGUUGUGAAGUACUACCCGACUGUGACGCAGUCGAGUGAUGUGAUCAAGUACUCGAUGUACAGGGGUCUUUUGCGCAGCAUUCGCGCCAACGACAAAGACUUUGACCCUUCGGAUGAGAUGAAGCGCCCUCCGGGUGCCGAGCCUGACAACGGUGCUGCUGCCUUGGUUGUGCCAGGUGCCGUUGGUGUGGCUGCUGCUGUUCUCGGCGGUGCCAUCUUCCUUUAA